AUGGAGGUGCACAUAUUGGAACAGUUCGUUCCUCCGCAGUUCAAGACAUAUGACAGAAUAACUGAUCCCGAGGCUCAUAUCAAAUCUUUUACCAACGCUAUGGCGUUUCGCACGGGAUGUGAUGUUAUUUGGUGUAGGGCGUUCUCGUUGUCAUUGGAGGGAGAAGCUCUAGAAUGGUUUGACGUGCUCCCGAACAGAUCUAUAGAAAACUUCAAAAGCUUAAGCAACACGUUCAAGAACCAAUUUGCAGCAUGUCAGGUGCAGGAUGCCUCUGUUGUUGACUUAAUGAAUUUGAAACAAGGAAAAGAGGAAUCUCUUAAGACCUUCAUGGAUCGGUUUCAAAAAAUUGUUCGACGCGCCAAAGGGCUCAACACGGAGUUGGCUUUGCAGUAUAUAAUGCCCGGGUUGAGACCGAGCCCUUUCAAAGACAGUGUAUGUAGGACACCCCCGAAAACCAUGGAAGAGUUGCGAUAA